CAGUGUUUGCAAGCUGAGCUCCCGGUGCGCGUUCCACUUGCAAAGCUCUACAGCAGGCGCGUGCCCGCGUACUCGCUAUAGAAAACAAAGCUGAACGUCUUCCAUAUCAGCUAGGGGUGCAGACGUGAGGAAUAUCCGAAUUUAUCCUGGAUACAUCAGACAGAAUAUGGAUUUACUGUGGGUGUAGCAUCGUUGCAGACCGAGCCUUCUCGGCCGGGGUGACGACAGGACAUUGGUGAAACCGACGAAAAAUAACAUCUGUGUGAUUUUUUUUCCUCGGGGUGCUUUGUCUUGUCCACCUAACGAUAGCAAACCAUCAUUCUCGUUUCAAUUGCAAGCAAGUCAGCUAGUAACACUAGCUGCCGUCGGGAUGUAUCAUCAUGUUGUCACCUAAAACUAACUGCUAGGACGGCGGAUUGUGAAGGAAGACCAGAAAUCCUCUCCCAGGUCCCAACGGGCUGACACCGGGACCUGAAUCUGUUAGCCAAAGCCGCGGAACCCACUGUUUUCGGCGAUAUGGCGGAGCAAGGCUACUCAUCCUGGGCGUACUCCCUUGUUGACUCAAGCCAGGUGUCGACCUUCCUCAUCUCCAUCCUUCUCAUCGUUUAUGGCAGCUUCAGGUCAUUAAACAUGGAUUGUGAGAACCAGGAGAAGGAUAAAGAUGGUAACCCAUCAACAACAGGGUCUUUUAAUAACGGCAACACAAACAACAGCAUUCAAACCAUAGACUCGACACAGGCCCUGUUUCUGCCAAUAGGAGCUUCUGUGUCUCUGCUAGUCAUGUUCUUCUUCUUUGACUCAGUACAGGUGGUUUUCACCAUCUGCACUGCAGUUCUUGCUACUAUCGCAUUUGCAUUCCUGUUGUUGCCAAUGUGCCAGUAUCUGACCAGACCCUGCUCCCCACAGAACAAGAUUUCAUUCGGUUGCUGCGGACGCUUCACUCUGGCUGAGCUGCUCUCAUUCUCCCUGUCCGUGAUGUUGGUCCUUAUCUGGGUGUUGACCGGUCACUGGCUCCUCAUGGACGCUUUAGCCAUGGGCUUGUGUGUAGCCAUGAUCGCGUUUGUUCGGCUCCCCAGUCUGAAGGUGUCUUGCCUGCUGCUGUCAGGACUGCUCAUUUAUGAUGUGUUCUGGGUGUUCUUCUCAGCAUACAUCUUUAACAGUAAUGUGAUGGUGAAGGUUGCCACCCAACCUGCUGAAAAUCCCAUAGAUGUUCUGUCCAGGAAGCUCCACCUGGGGCAAGCCAUGGGCCGCGACGUCCCCCGUCUCUCCCUACCCGGAAAGCUCGUCUUUCCAAGCUCCACAGGAAGUCACUUCUCGAUGCUGGGAAUAGGAGACAUUGUGAUGCCAGGGCUGCUGUUAUGCUUCGUCCUGCGUUACGAUAACUACAAGAAGCAGGCGACUGGGGAAGUCCCAGGGCCCGGUAACAUGUCCGGACGCAUGCAGCGUGUAUCCUAUUUCCACUGCACUCUUAUCGGAUACUUUGUGGGUCUGCUGACUGCCACAGUGGCCUCUCGAAUUCAUCGUGCUGCUCAACCUGCUCUGCUCUACUUGGUUCCCUUCACCCUACUGCCUCUGCUCACUAUGGCCUACCUGAAGGGGGAUUUGCGGCGCAUGUGGUCGGAGCCGUUCCACGCCAAGACCAGCAGCUCUCGCUUCCUGGAGGUAUGAUGCAACCGGGGGGACGAACAAGCAGCGCGGGGACGACUGCUGAUCUUUCUCUUCGUUAGAAGGAAGGAGAGAGGGCGCACUCACAGCGAGGCCAUGUUGUUAUCAUUUCUUCAUGCUUUCCACAAACCUGUGACCCCCCCCCCCCCCCCCCCCCCCCCAGAAGGACACCAGUGUGUGAUGAUUACCCCCCUCCAACAAGACUCAUCCUCCCCGCUUCUUCCCGCCUUCCUCUUUGCUGUUUCUUUCCUCUACACAGCAGCACUUCCUGCCUGUGCUGUAUUUGUCCUCCCCGUCCCUUCCCUCUUUCCCCCGUACAGUCUCAUUCCCCAACCCCCUCACACGGCCCGUCUCGUUCGUCUGGCCUCUUCUUUCUGUGUUUCCUUACUUUUCUGUAUUUCUGAUGAACUAAAGGACCAGGCCUCCCCGUUUUUGUGGACUUGCGAUCAUGAGACAUGACUGGGGUUUAUAUGUAUUUUUUUAGCGUUGUUGUGGUCAAUUAUGAAUAAUGUUAUUGAAUGAACUCAGAGGAAAGCUGGAGAGCACCGAGCGGUGCCCCGGAGCAGCGGCGCCCUCUAGGAGAGGAGUCAUCCCUCUCCUUCCAUCUCCAACCUUUCAUCCUGCUUCCUUCACCUGUUACAUCAUCCCUCCAUCAUGGCUGCCGGACCCCCCCAACAACACUCCCUGUGCGCCUCACCUUCCACCUCUGAUCAUCUGCUGUCUCCCCCCACACACACCUCUACAGAUAACUUUGUAUUUUAUUUAGAGAAAGUUUUAUUCUUGGCAUAUACAAAAUUGAUGCAUUAAAUAUUGUUAAGCUGCAUCCCCUCCAGCGUCGGAGGGGUCGCUUUUAUUUGUAUAUAUGUGUACACACGUAUUUGCGGUAUCUUGAGUUUGUGUUUGUGUUUUUGGACGCGUGUUGGAUCGGGUGGGAAACUGACAUCAGCCAGCAGCCGGGAUUUUGGUAAAUUUAGGCUGCCGGGCGUGUUGAAGGGGAUCCAUCAUUUAGAGCUUGUGCAAUAGAAACACAGCAAAGGUUUUUAUAUUUUAAUUCUCUCUGGAAAAACAAAUCGAUGUUGGAUGCUGGUAGAUGAUAGUUUCUUGCUCUGUGUGUGUGUGUGUGUGUGUGUGUGUGUGUGUGUGUGUGUGUGUGUGUGUGUGUGUGUGUGUGUGAGAAUGAGCAGAACACAGCAGUUUUACUUGGUUUUAAUUUGCUAUCUUGUUUAAAACGGUGACAAUAGUCAGGUUUGCAUUGAGCUGUGUCAGAUCAAAGGCUGUAAAACUCACCAGUUUUUUUUGUUUUGUUUUUUUGUAUAAUGAAAACUUCAGAAAUUCCACAAAGGUCAUUUCUCCUCUAAGUUUUUUUCUGCAGGCAGCAGAAAUGUAAACAGUGUUUUUCCUUUUCUUCCAAAUAAAUGAAUGUUAAAUAAGUUUUCCUGACUGCUAUUUUACUUGGAAGCUCCCGCCAUGCAACGCGUUGUUUUAAAUCUGUAGAAACAAAAAAGGCGACUUAUUUUAGAUUUGGUGGCGAGCCAAGAUCAGGAAAUGUACAUGGGCGUCUCGUGUUCAACCUCAGUCGAUGAAGACCUGACUAUUGUGAGAGUUUGAACCCAGAUUAAUGAGAGCGAGUUGGGUUGUGGGAUUAUUCCGGUUUGUUUAGGUGGGUCUGCUUGGGGAAGAUCGGUCAUUACCUUUUUACAGAUCAAACUUUAAAGUGGAGAAAAAAGAUAACCUGCAAUGAUGUAACAGUCACUAUUUCCUAACUGUUUUUGUUUCCGCCACACAUUUUGUGAUGCUUGUGGAUAAUACGUCAUGUAAACUGGAAGCAGUGGGAGUGAUCGUGCAGCAGGGAGAGAAUGGAACUAUUUGCUAGGUGUUUUGUUUUUGUUUGUUUUGUUUUUUAUAACUUUUCAGCCGUGCAUGAUAAGUGUACAGGUGUACAAUGUAUUAUUUUCCGAGAUUGCAUUAACAGGGCUGCUCUGCCGGCCCACACCGAAGCACUGGACCUAUCGGACUAAAGGCUGCAGCUUCUGGUCAGCUCUGGGCCUGUUGACAAAGACUGAGUUCAGUGCAGUCGUGGAACCCCUCUCACCACUUCAUGGACAUGGCAAGAAAAUAUAUAGAUUUAUAUGCAUAUAUCUGUGUGUGUGUGUGUAUAUACAUAUAUAAAUAACAGAUGACGAUCAUGUUGAUAAAAGUUUUUAUAGAAAGUUGUUUUUUUAGCCCCUUGUUUGAUUUUGUUUUUCUUUAGAUUUUUAUUGUAUUUAUUUUUUAUGUUAUUUUUUUUUGUUUUUCUGUCCCUUUCAGCAAAGUACCUGAACAGUUUUUGCAUUGAUAUUAUGAAUGGAUUCUGUAUAGAAGAGAAGUGAAUAAAAUAAAUUAAGAACCGUGUUAGUGAAACAUGAAUCCUGAAGCAGUUGUUCUCAAACACCUUGUCUCCUUUUUAAAACCCUCUUCCUCUCCCGCUUCUUUCCCUCCUCAUUCAGGAUUCUGUUGUAAAUAAACAUGACACUAACUGUAA